AUGCGUGACCAAAAGGUUGUUCUAGUCACUGGCUGCGCCAAGGGUGGCAUUGGUUAUGAAUAUUGCAAGGCUUUUGCUGAGCAGAAUUGCCAUGUUUUUGCAUCAGACAUAGCUCCACGAAUGUCUGAUAUGUUAGAUCUACAAGCAGAUAAAAUUGAGACACUUGAGCUCGAUGUUGCAUCGGACACAAGCGUAGCAUCCGCCGUGAAUUCAAUUAUAUCCCAAUGUGGGAAAAUAGAUAUCUUGAUCAACAAUGCUGGAAUAGGCAGCACAGGCCCUUUAGCCGAGCUUCCUUUGGAUGCAUUCAAAAAAACUUAUGAAAUUAACACGUUGGGGCAACUAAGGUUGAUUCAACAAGUAGUCCCUCACAUGGCAUCGCGACGAAGUGGAAGUAUAGUGAACGUAGGGAGUGUUGUUGGGAAAGUGCCAACACCUUGGGCGGGAUCAUAUUGUGCUAGCAAGGCUGCAAUUUUUUCUAUGUCGCACACUUUAAGGGUUGAGUUAAGCCCGUUUAAUAUAAAUGUAAUUAUCGUGGUCCCGGGGGCUAUAAGAUCAAGUUUUGGGAACAAUAGUGUGGAAAGAUUGCAAAACUAUGAGUGGAAACUUUACAAGGAUUUUAAAGAAGCCAUAAUUGAGCGUGCAAAGGCCUCUCAAGGGGGUAAAUCGACUGAUGCGUCAGUUUUUGCAAGACAUGUAGCAACAAAGGUCUUGAUUCCAAAACCACCAAAGGUGAUUGAAUUUGGUCAUAUGACUGGACUUUUUUCUUUGCUUUCAUGGUCCCCUCUUUGGGCAAGAGAUCUGUUCUUUUCGACUAGAUUCAAGUUGAAUCCCAAGGUUUUUAAGGUGUAA